AUGCCGUCUCGUGAUGCCGAGCCGGAUGACGCAGGCUCGGUACGGUCGGGCAAUCUCUCUGGCAUAAUUGCAGGAGAUUUUCUAGUUGCGAGUCAGCAUCCUGCGUCAAUCCAGCGGGAAGAUGCACCGCUUCUCGCUGACUCGUCAUCGACAUCCAUGAUCCAGCCACACAUCUCCAGCAUGGGCAAUGCGUCUGGUUACGGGGCUAUACGGCCUUCUAGCUCACUUGCACAGAGCAUAUCUCCCGACAGUCACUUGCGCUCAGAACUCUAUACCCUACUGAAUUUCACGAUACCAGUCUGUGCGACACAUCUUUUGGAGCUCAGUUUGUCUGUCGUGUCGAUCUUGAGCUUGGGGCAUCUCGGCACCGUCGAACUUGCUGCUGUUUCACUAGCAGGCAUUACCGCGAACGUAACCGGGUUUAGUGUAAUUAGCGGUCUCAUUUCCGCAUUGGACACGCUACUCCCUGCUUCAUACACACGCCAGCCUCAUCUAAUGGGGCUAUGGACCCAGCGCGUCGGCAUCAUUAUCAUGUUUAUUUUGCCCGCCAUCGUUCUUUUGUGGCUCAAUGCAGAGAGUGGAUUACUUUUGCUUGGUCAAGAACCUGAUAUUGCGCACAAGGCCCGUCAAUUUCUCGCUGUCCUGGCUCUGGGUCUUCCGGGUCAUGCCGUGUUCGAGUUGUGCCGUCGCUUUCUUCAGGCCCAGGGCGUCAUGCAUGCGCCGACUGUCGUACUUUUGAUCGUGUCACCCAUCAAUGCCCUUGCGAAUUUCAUCCUUGUUUGGGGUCCUGAACAAUUUCGUUUUGGUUUCCUGGGCGCACCGAUGGCCAGUGCCAUAUCGAUGUGGCUCAUGGCGAUUCUGUGCGUCAUGCAAUGUGCUUUGCUCUCACACGGGACAUGGGGAGGCUUUUCUCGUAAGGCGUGGGAUCCUGCCGCUCUCAAGACAUGCGCUUCGCUCGGUUUUGCCGGCUUGCUGAGUCUCGCAUCAGAGUGGUGGGCCUGGGAAAUUGUUGGGCUCGUAACCGCUGCUCUUGGCACACGUGCCCUUGCAUCUCAAUCUGUGCUUCUUGUCCUGUCAUCUGUGACAUACCAACUGCCCUAUGGUGCUGCCGUCGCUUCGUCUGUGCGUGUUGGUAACCUGUUAGGCGCUAUGCAUGCACAGUCCGCGCGUAUCGCGAGUCAUGCGGCUAUUGUCUUGUCACUCCUUAUUGGGCUGCUGAAUUCAUCAAUUGUGUUUUUCACGCGACACCACCUGGGAUACUUGUUUAGUAGUGACGAUGCCGUCGUGGAACUAGUCGCCUCCGUCUUGCCCAUCAUGGCCCUUUUCCAGUGUGCCGAUUGUACAUGUGGCAUUGUCGGUGGCAUCUUGCGAGGCUGUGGACGGCAGUCUCUGAGUGCGUUCAUCAACGUGACAGCUUACUACAUGGCUGGACUCCCAGUGAGUCUAUUUCUUGCUUUUGGUCCCUGGCAUCUUGGUCUUGCCGGACUUUGGUGGGGUCUCACCAUUGCGCUUGUUUACGGGACCAUCACUUCUCUCUGGUAUGUGUAUUAUAUGGAUUGGGACAAGGUUAUGCAGCAAGUGCAUCGCACUAUGCAUGCCAGUGUACAAGAGGCUUGA